AUCAUGGGCAGAACAAUUCAAAUUUUAAGCGUACUCCUGCUGACUUGGGCAUACGCCCAGGCGCAGAUCUCCAGCAACACAAACAGCAUUACGGAAACAACGGAGACUGCAGACAGCACGGAGACAACGGAGACUACGGAAUAUGGACCAAUUAACAUGGUGGUUGACCAGCUAUCGAACAUGGCCGUGAAUAUAAGUGAUCAGACGUCCACACAGUUGCAAGCGAACAUCGAGCGCACAUUGGCGAACAUAUUGGACGAUCUGGAAGCGCUGACUGCCAAUGCCAUGGCCGAGAUGAGCAUAGCCAUCGACGACACGAAUCAGGUGCUGCUGGGCAAUCCCAAGUGCAACGCCGCCUGGAAUCUGCAAGACUUCACACUCAACGUCACAGAUGAGCUCAGAGGCUGCACGGAGCAGCUGAGCAAUAUGAUUGCAACGUAUCGCGCCGAGGGCCAGCAAGCGUUGGCCAAAGUGCAGAGCUUGGUGCAGCAGAUGGCACAGCUGCCAAUAGUCUGUCAGAGUCAACAAAUGGGCGUGGCAUUGGCACCAAUGGGCAUUAGCUUUGACAACAGCAACACUUGCUUUCUGCGCGGCAUCGCUGUCAUCAAUCAAGGACUAGCUGAGGCCAUGCACAACGCCUCCAUGUUGCUGGUGCGCAUGCGCCGCCUGGCCCAGGAUGAAAUGGCUCGGUCACAGCAAUGCAGCGACGCACUCGUCGCCCAGGUCACUGAGUAUCUGCGCGUACAGCGCGCCAAUUGCAGUUAAGUAGGACUUGAACUAUUCAUAAACGACAAUUUUCGAUUGUAUCGUACGCAAAUAUAUGUAUGUAAUUGGCAAUUUAUGCACCCAAA